AUGACCACCGAUAACAUCCCUAAUGAGGUUCUCUUGGAGCUAGAGGCUCUGAGGCGGGAAAAUGAGGCCUUGAAGCAAAAGCUAAGUUCUCAGACUGAGCUCCCUAUGUCACUAGAAGAGUUUCGCAGAUAUGGCAGACAAAUGAUUGUGGAAGACACCAGGGGCGUUGAGGGCCAAAUCAAGCUGCGCAACGCUAAGGUGUUAGUUAUUGGGGCAGGAGGACUUGGCUGCCCCUGCUUGCCUUACCUUGUGGGUGCUGGUGUUGGCCAAGUUGGCGUUGUGGAUAAUGAUGUUAUCGAUACAUCUAAUCUACACAGGCAGGUGCUGCACGACUCAACGAAGGUGGGCAUGCUCAAGUGUGAAUCCGCUAAAGAUGUGCUCCGGAAGCUGAACCCUCACGUCCAAAUCAAGACGUACCCUGUCAGGCUGAACUAUAGCAAUGCUUUUUCUAUAUUCCAAGGCUACGACAUAGUUCUGGACUGCACUGACACCCCCUUGACGAGGUAUCUUGUGUCAGACGUUGCGGUGUGCUUGGGGAUGACCGUAGUUUCUGCUUCAGGCCUGGGCUCAGAAGGUCAGCUUUCGAUUUUAAACUUCGCGUCUGUGGGGCCAUGCUAUAGAUGCUUUUACCCAGUUCCUCCUCCGCCAAACGCAGUAUCCUCAUGCCAGGAAGGCGGAGUUAUUGGCCCUUGCAUUGGUCUGGUUGGUGUUAUGAUGGCAGUCGAGACGCUCAAGAUAAUUUUGGACAUCUACACUCUAGACAAUUUCAAGCCAUUUUUGAUCCAAUACUCAGGACUGCCUAAUCAGACCCUCCGUUCUUUCAAAAUGAGAGGAAGGCAGCCAAGCUGCAAGGCUUGUGGGGAAGAGAAGCUAAUAACGAGAGACACGAUAGAGGCUGGUGAAGUGAAUUACGAAGCCUUUUGUGGAGCAAGAAACUAUAACGUAUGUUCGCCAGAAGAGAGAAUCAAUGUUCAAGAGUUUGAAGACUCAAUAUCAUCAAAUGAAAAACUGAGUCAAAUUCUUUUGGAUGUGAGGCCGCAUCACCACUACAAAAUAUCACAUUUACCAAAUACGUUCAACUUAACCGUUAAGGAGCUACGUGAUAUGGAAGGCGAUAUGAGCCUCCUCCAGAAUGAAAUACCUGAAAUUCAUAACGGCAGCGAAGUCCUUGUUAUGUGCCGCUAUGGCAACGAUUCUCAGUUGGCCACACGAAUCUUGAAAGACAAAUUCAAUAUCAUGAAAGUUAAAGAUAUCCGAGGCGGUUUUUUUAAAUACAUCGAUGACAUAAAUCCUUCGCUUCCUAAGUACUAA